CCGAGGACUGUCCGGCCGCGGGGGAGCGGUUUGGCGGGGACACAGGGCCGCUCGGAGCCGCCGCGAUGCUCCCCUCCUUGCAGGACUCGCUGGAUGGGGAGGAGAAGGAGCUGGAGAGCAGCGAGGAGGGCGGCUCCGCGGAGGAGCGGAGACCCGAGCCGCCGCCUAGCAGCCACUACUGCCUCUACAGCUACCGCGGAAGCAGGUCGGCACCACCGAGAGGGGACAGCGAUGACGGAAGCCCAAGUGGCACAAAUGCAGACACGCCCUCUGGUGACGACUUCAGCCUCUCCCUGGCGGACACUAAUCUACCAUCUGAAGUGGAGCCAGAGCUGCGCAGUUUCAUAGCUAAGCGUCUUUCUAAGGGAGCCGUCUUUGAAGGGCUGGGUAAUGUUGCAUCUGUGGAGCUGAGAAUUCCAGGUUACCGGGUUGGUUGUUACUACUGCCUUUUCCAACAAGAAAAACUGCUUCCUGAAUCAGCAAUGGACUCUGAACAUAACCCUUCAGAGUACGUGGUCUGUUUUUUAGGAGGGUCUGAAAAAGGACUUGAGCUUUUCAGGCUUGAAUUGGACAAGUACAUUCAAGGGCUGAAAAAUAACAUGAGCUGUGAGGAAAGGGGCCUGGAGAACCACGUAAAGUCCUACCUGAGUAGCUGGUUUGAGGAUGUCGUGUGCCCGAUCCAGAGGGUGGUUCUUCUCUUUCAGGAGCAGCUUACCUUUUUGCUACACGCUGCUCUGAGUUAUACUCCUGUUGAGGUUAAAGAAUCAGAUGAAAAAACAAAGAGAGACAUUAACAGGUUUCUGAGUGUGGCCAGUCUUCAAGGCCUUAUUCACGAAGGCACCAUGACAUCUUUGUGCAUGGCCAUGACGGAGGAGCAGCAUAAGUCUGUGGUCAUUGACUGCAGUAGUUCCCAGCCUCAGUUCUACAACGCAGGAAGCAACCGAUUUUGUGAGGAUUGGAUGCAGGCUUUUUUGAAUGGUGCUGAAGGAGGUAACCCUUUUCUUUUUCGACAAGUACUGGAGAACUUUAAACUAAAGGCCAUACAAGACACAAAUAAUUUGAAGAGAUUUAUCCGACAGGCAGAAAUGAAUCAUUAUGCUUUGUUUAAAUGUUACAUGUUCCUAAAGAACUGUGGUAGUGGAGAUAUCCUUUUGAAGAUCGUUAAAGUGGAACAUGAAGAAAUGCCCGAAACCAAAAAUGUGGUAGCCGUCCUUGAAGAAUUUAUGAAAGAAGCUCCUGCCCAAAGUUUUUGAGCGCAUUUUGAGAGAACUGGAUUGUGAAGCAUAUUCCAGCGUUGGUGUUUGAAAUUACAGUUGUUAUAAAUUGUCAUAGGAUUGCUAUUUAAGAUGAUUUGAAACGCAUUGUGUUUUUUCAUUUUGUAUUUUUAAAAUUUAACAUAAUUUGACAUGAAAAUCUGAGGAAUGUCUUCAUUGAAUCCUAGAUAGAUGUGUGUUGAGAGUUGUGAACUUUUAGUACAUUGCUGGUCCCAUAAAUUCUAGACUUCAGGGAGUUGUUGCUUAAAAAACGUCAGAGGUGAUUUUGUGCUUCUCUCGGGAGUGUGCUGCAGUAUUUAGCAACCUUUGCUCUCAGAAAAAUCAUAAUACUUCUUUCUCAAAAUGUACUCCUCGUCUUAGGACAGAUUAGCACCAUGACCCUGUUUCAAAGAGAUCUGUGCAUUCUAUGGGUGCUUGGUAGUUUUUUGUCUGAUUGAUAAUGGCAUGGACGAUGAAGCUAGCUUUUAAGUCGAUAUGCAAAUAAAUCUUAAGUGUGUAAAAAAUUAAACGAACUUUAAAAACUGAUGCACUAGCUUCAAGAUCAAACAUUAUCUCUGAUGGAAAGCUACUGGAGAGGUGGCCCCCAUCACUUUUCUUCAUUUGUUCACAGGUAUUAGCCAAGAGCCUGUAUUUUCUUUUUUCUUACAUAUGAAAAUGCUGAAGUUUUUAAACAGAGUUUAAAUAAUUUGAAGAGAUUUAUCCGACAGGCAGAAAUGAAUCAUUAUGCUUUGUUUAAAUGUUACAUGUUCCUAAAGAAUACAUUUUACAUGCAAACUAUAACAUAAAGAACACAGAUUCUUCAUAUCAGAGUUACCCACUGAUUUUUAGUUUUUUGUAGUUUGUUUUCAAGCCUCAUUGUUUUACUCUGAAUCAGUUAAAAAUGCCCUCAGCUAAAAACGCUUCUAAUUCCCGUGGAAGCCAAUUGUAGCUACACACAUUGCCCUUUGUUCUGUGUAGCUCUUUAAUAAAUCCAUUUGAUAAUGAUUUUUGUUUAGAUGAUCGGAAGUCUUGUGUUCUCACUGCCCUCAGGAUGCUUGGAGGGACACAAGUUCGUAAAAAUUGUCUCCUAAACUCAUAUAAAUUCACAUUAAGUGCUGAGUGUUAACUUUCAAAAUGACUGACAUUGGCCUGCUUUGUCUUCUACAGAAGUCGAGGGACAUGACUCACCCAGCCAUUUCUUUUCCUUUAAUGAGAAAUACAAUUCAGGAUCUUCAUAAAGGCUUUCAUAUGGUUUUAAACUUUAAUAACUUGGAUUGUAGGCAGUGCAGAAAAAAAAAAAUCCAAGUAGCAUUUUUAUAGCAUUAAAUU